AUGUCCUCAACCGCCCAGCCUCGUCCGAAGGUUCUAAUGUUCGACAUUGGCGGCGUCUGUGUCGUCUCACCCUUCCAAGCAAUUCUCGACUAUGAAACCAAGAACGGCAUUCCAAAAGGCUACAUCAACUACGCGAUCCGCGCCCUAACGCCCCACGGCGUUUGGCACCGCCUCGAGCGCGGCGAGAUCCCCAACGACGCCGCCUUCAUGCGCGCCUUCAAAGCCGACCUCGAGCGACCCGACAUCUGGGCCAAAUUCCACCGUGAGCGAUUGCAGAUCAAGGACGCCUCAAAGAUCCCCCCCAUGCCCAGCAUCGACGCCGAGACGCUGUACUGGACCAUGAUGAGCACCGCCCGUCAGCCAGAUCCGUACAUGUAUCCGGCGCUCAAGCGCCUCAAGGCUUCAGGUAGGUACAAGCUGGCCGCGCUGUCCAAUACGACUAUCUUCCCGGAGGGCCAUGAGUAUAAUGUGAUCGGACCUGACGAUGUGCGGCAUCUGUUCGAGGUGUUUGUGAGCAGUGCGCAUGUCGGGAUGCGGAAACCGAACCGCGAUAUCUACGAGUAUGCGCUGAAGUUAAUCCGUGAGAGGUGGGGUCGGGAUAUCGCGCCUCAGGAGAUUGUGUUUCUGGACGAUAUUGGCGAGAAUCUCAAGACCGCAAGGAGUUUGGGCAUGAGGACGAUCAGGGUCGUGCUGGGGAGGACGGAUGAGGCUGUUAGGGAGUUGGAGAGGGUUACGGGGCUGGAGUUGUUGGACGGGUCGGGGCCUAAAGCGAGGUUGUAG